CUCUCUACGCACAUGUAUUAUGUACUACAUGUAGCUAGCUAGUACUAGUACCUGUACAGUACUGGUACCGGGCUGAACUGGAGUCCAUAGUGGUGGCUUGUGGCUUCCUCAUCGGGACACGUUAGGUCUCAUUCGAGAAGCACUUACUUGUUUUAAAGGGUUUUUUCGCGAGCACAGGACCUGCGCCUUCCGCCCCUUCCGCCACCCGCCACCCACCACCCCCACGCCUUCCUAAAAGCUAGAACUGCUGGUGGCCCAUCCGCGAGAGAGAGGGAGAGAGAGAGAGAGAGAGUACAGAUUGAGCAGCUUAUUAUCGGCUCAUUAGCCACACAUCGAAAGCGUUCCCACCAGAUAUUUCCCUCCUCGUGUUCAUUUUUUGCUUUGCGACCAUCCGACUAUACCACCAACACCAUUCUUUCAUUCUCGCUCCCGUUCCCCUUGAUAGGCCGGCCCAUCAUCCUCCAAGAGACAGAGCAUUGAACGUCGCUGACCGGUUCUUUCAUACAAAACAGAAGACCAUCAGCUGUCGCCACUCUUGAAGCAAUUCGUGAAGAUGACACCCACAAACCAAAAACAAGAUUCCCAGCCAAAUGGCGACCCACCACAAGCCACGGAGGACACUCUGCAGCCCGCACCAGAUCAUCACGACCAUGAAGACACGAACGAUCAAGGAGAUAACGACAGUGUGAACCCCUUGGGUGGUCAUUCCUCCCAUCAUGUUCUGGUUUGGCAGAGAGUCUCUGGGGCAACCGCACUCGAUGUGGGUGAAAUGAAAGAGAGUCCACCAAUGGACGACUCGAAAGGUGCAAACAGCAAGACCGAAACCCAGAAGAGUGCUGCAGGUUCUACCGUAACACUCGAAAAACAUCAAAAGGCAUUGCUAGUCGGCCCCUCUCGGAUUGCCAUGCCUGAACAACAAGUCGAUGAACUGAAGGAAGAUAACACUACAACAUCAUCUUCGACCCAUCAUCCAGGUAUCACGGAAGCAGCUGAAAACCAAUCAUACAACAUGGAACGGUUCCCAACAUUGGAACGCUACUCAUAUCCCUAUGGGCCCGAGGUGGGAGCAUUUGCUGUGCCAGGAAUCUAUGGGUCGACAAGCGAUAUCGAGACAGCUUCGGAAAACGAACCCGUUCCUGCCGAAAAUAGUUCUCUGGGGGUCAUUGAUGGUGCUGUGGUCGUCGACGAACAAGACGAAAGAGAAGCGCAUGAGAUGGAUGGCAACGAUGCAACUACUACUGAAGAAGUCAUUGAAGGCCAACUCAUGAAAGAUAACCGCAGAAACCAAACACACCCUGGUCAAGCCAAAGCAUAUGUUAUAUUGGUGCUCUUUGCCAUUCUUGUUGGAGUGGCAGUCAUCUUGCUCGUUGUACACUUACCCAGCGACUCUGCCAGCAGCCAGAAUGACACCAACGCCAAUGCUGUCGUUCCCAAGAAUACUACCGCCUCGCCAUCAAUCGUCUACCCCCCAUUCCAAGAAGGCUUGAAUAAACGUUUGCAGCGUGCAUUCGAAGACCCUAUGAGCCCCUAUGCCAAGGCCAACUCAUGGGUUUGGGAAGAUCCGAACCUAGAGUCCUACUCACGGGAGAGGCAGUUGCAACGCUUCUACAUGUCAUCCUUCUUCUACUUUACAGGGGGUCAAAAUUGGACAAGAAAUGAUAACUGGCUUAGCUAUGAUACUUCGGAAUGCAAUUGGUACACUGCCCAUUAUGCCCCUGAAUCAGUCUGUGAUGAGGGAGGCGAUGUUGUUGUGUUCAACAUGACCUCCAACAAUUUGCAAGGUGACUUGACGGAAGCAUCAGACUUUCUUCAUACCCCACGCGUCUUUGAUGUCUCCAACAACAACUUGAGUGGCUCUUCUCCAUCCAUGACAAGCUCCUCUAUCAACCUGGAAGUGUUUGACGUCUCCAACAACAAGUUCACAGGGGUUUUCCAUGGUGGUGGAAUGUUUGUAGCAUUCAAACUUCGGGUGAUCAAAACAGAUGGGAACCAGUUCUUUGGUGGGGGUGGUGGCUUGGUGUGUCAAGUGGUACCCCUGCUUGAGGUGUUUAAUAAUUCUGGGAACUUGUACAACAAUGCCAUAGCACCAACAAUGGGUGCCUGCAAGAGCUUGGUGCAUUAUUCCUCCAAAUGUGAUCAUGUGGGGCCUAUUCCAUCGGAGCUUGGACUGCUCUCCAGUCUACAAAGUUUUGACAUUGAAGGAAACAGCCGCAUGACAGGAACAAUACCCUCCGAGUUGGGUUUGCUGACAAGCUUGUCUUCCUUGGAUCUUGCUGGAACUUCCAUUACAGGACCCAUUCCACUGUCCCUCUGUGACAGAGCAGUGGAUGGGACUCUGCAAAUCAAAGCCAACUGCAGUCUGGUACAGUGCUGCAAAUAAACUUAUCUCAGGCACGAGGCCUUGCUUUUCUGUUGCACGUGAGAGCUGGAUGGUUCUGGAGUUCAAUCCAGCAACAAUAGCAGCGGGCUGGCCUGGCUGAAUGGUAGAGUCGUAGGUAUCAUACAUUCUAUGCUUCUGACAGCUAGCUAGCUAGCUAACUACCGGUACAAUAGGAAUCAUGUUCAAACAAGG